GCUCUAUUUGUCUCAAUAUUUUUCCUUAGUUCCCUUCUACCAACAGCACUCCUUCAGUAUGUUCAGCCCUUUUUGAUCCCGUUUUAUUUUGUAAAGGAAGCGGUUCCUGUCCCUUACUGCGCUGGCUUUGACAGAAGCGCUUCCUAACUCCGACAUUCCUUCCACUCUGGUAAAAACUCUGUACAGCAGCCUGGAGAUUGUCCACGUUUACAGGCUUCAGAUCCGCUGCUCUGCUCCACCUCUGCAGCCUCUGCGUCCUCAGAGCGCACAGCCGCGGCCUCCGAUCCAUUCAUUUGGCGGCCUUGCUGUCUUUACUUCUUCUUUUCAUCCGUCCCAAUUGAUUUAAUUCUGUAAAACAUGUUCUGCGUUGCGUUUCUCCUGCUCACUACGUGGUCUUCCGUGGAGUGUAACCCCAGUCCAGUGUUGGGAGAUGUAGUCGUGGACAGAUACUUCAUCCCCAAAGUCUGCACCAGGGAGGCGAAAACUGGAGACUACGUUCGUUAUCACUAUAACGCCACAUUUAUCGAUGGAAAAACAUUUGAUUCGAGCCGCCAGAGAGGAGCAGCCAAGGUGGGUCUGCUUGGGGAGGGUCGCCUCAUAGCUGGUGUGGAUAAAGGUCUGCAGGGGAUGUGUGUGAAUGAACGCAGGACCGUCACCAUCCCUCCACACCUGGCCUAUGGAAGCACCGGAGCAGGUGACGUGGUUCCUCCAGACACCACUCUGGUGUUUGACAUCCACUUGCUGGAUCUGUGGAACAAGGCCGACAUGGUCCUCACCAAAACUGUCACCACCCCCAAAGACUGCAAACGCUCCGUGAUGCGCACCGACUUUGUGCGUUACCAUUUCAACGGCACUCUGCUCGACGGCACCACCUUUGACUCCAGCUACACCAGGAAGCAGACCCAAGACUCCUUAGUGGGUGAGGGUUGGCUGAUCAAGGGCAUGGAUGAGGGCCUGCUGGGCAUGUGUGUGGGAGAGAUCAGAAACAUCAUCAUCCCACCAUUCAAAGCCUACGGAGAGAAGGGAUCAGGUACAGAGAUUCCCUCCCAGGCGACUCUAGUGUUUGACGUCCUGCUGGUGGACAUUUACAACCCAAAAGACACCGUCACCGUGGAGAACCAGGUGAUACCGGAGUCGUGCUCUCGCAGGUCUGUGGUGGGAGAUUAUAUCCGGUACCACUACAACGGCAGCUUCCUGAACGGAGUCACCUUCGACACCAGCUACCAGCGGAACAGCACAUACAACACCUACAUAGGGAUGGGGUAUAUUAUUGCCGGGAUGGACCAGGCCCUGCAGGGAGUGUGCAUUGGUGAGAGGAGGAGGGUCACCAUCCCUCCACAUCUGGCGUACGGAGAGCAAGGAGCAGGUGAUGUGAUCCCGCCUUCAGCCGUCCUCGUCUUCGACAUCCACGUCAUUGACUUCCACAACCCCAACGACACUGUGAACAUCCAGAUCCUGUACAGACCUGAGGUGUGUAACGACACCACGGCGGUGAACGACCUCGUCCACUAUCACUACAACUGCACCCUGGUGGACGGCACGCUGCUUUUCUCCUCACACGACUAUGAGAAUGUUCAGGACGCAGUGCUCGGGUCGGAUAAGGUGAUCGACGGGCUGGAUGAAGGUUUGAGGGGGAUGUGUGUGGGAGAAAGGAGGCUGAUCACGGUGCCGCCUCACCUCGGCCACGGAGAAAGAGGAGCCACUGGUGUGCCGAGCAGCGCUGUGUUGGUCUUUGACAUUGAGAUGGUGAGCUUUGAGAAGGGCGUACCGCCUGGUUACCUGUUUGUGUGGCUCGAGGAAAGUCCUGCAAACCUGUUUGAAGCCCUGGACUUGAACAAAAAUGGAGAGGUGCCGCAGGAAGAGUUUGGGGAGUUCAUCAAGCUGCAGGUAGCAGAAGGUAAAGGUCGCAUAAAGCCUGGACUGACCAUGGAGCAGGUCGUCACUGACAUGUUCCAAAACCAGGACCGAAAUAAAGAUGGCAUGAUCACCGCCAACGAGCUCAAACUAAAGGUAGAGGAGGACAAGGAGCGGGAAGAGGCCACCCACGACGAGUUGUGAGGAGGACAAAAUGCCUUCACUCUCUCUCAGGGAUAAACCUCCAAGAUCUUAAAAACAAGCAACAAGAGACGUUUGCCACACAGC